UCGGCGGCCGAGUCCGCAGCAUGGCCAGCCUGGGGCGGCCGGGCCCGGCGCCGCGCGCGGCCAUGCCCGCCUGGAAGCGCGAGAUCCUGGAGCGGAGGCGGGCCAAGCUGGCCGCCUUGGGCGCGGGCCCGGGGCCCGGCGCGGCGUCCGCGGGGUCGGCCGAGCGGCUGGUGCUGGCCGACAGCCUGGGCCCGCUGCGCGAGAACCCGUUCAUCCGGCUGGAGUCGGAGCGGCGGCGCGGGGCGCGGCCGGCGCCGCCGCUGCUGGAGCUGUACCGCCGCGUGCCGGGGGUGCGCGCCAUCCGCGCCGACGGCAUCCUCAUCAUCGAGUCGGCGCCCGGCUUCGCGCCCGCCGCGCCGCCCGCCGCCGGCCUCCGCGCGGCCGAGGUGGUGGUGUACGAGGCGCCGCCGCCGGGCCGCGUCAGCCGCCUGCUGGAGAAGUUCGACCCGCCCGCCGCGCCGCGCCGCCGCGGGAGCCCCGAGGGCGCCCGCCCCGCGCCGCCGCCCCCGCCGCUCCCCGCCGCGCCGCCGCCGCCGCUCCCGCUCCCCGAGCCGCCCGCCGGCCCGCGCGCGCCCCUCCGCCGGCCCGCGCGCGCCGCGCCGCCCGGGCCCCCCGGCUCUCCCGCGGGCCCCGUCCCGAGCGCCGGCUCGGCCGGCUCCGGAGCGGACGCCGGGGACCGGCGCAAAGACUUCCUGCAGAAGACCGGCAGCAACUCCUUCACCGUCCACCCCCGGGGCUUGCCCCGCGGCCCGGGCCGCCCGCUCCUCAACGGGCCCGCGGCCCCCGAGCCCCACGCCGGCCCUGCCAACGGCCUGGCGCACUCUCAGCCCGCGCCGGGCGAGUGGAAGCCAAAGGCGGUGUCGGGGGAGCCUCCCCUCCCCCCGCCCCCCAGCCCCGGGACCCCGAGUGCCACUCCAGCCGCGUCCCCUUCGGUCCCGGCGCCCAGCCCCGUCAGUGCCACUCCCAGCCAGCGCCAGUGGGUCUCCGCUGCCACCAGCGCCAACGACUCCUUCGAGAUUAGGCUGGCCCCCAAGCCGGACCUGGAGACGAUCCCGCCGGGGGACGUCCAGGCUCGGGCCCUGGCCAGCCUCCGAGUGAACUCCCGGAACUCCUUCCUAUUCAUCCCCAAGCGCAGGGCCGCCGGGAACCCUCCCCCCGGGGGCAGGCAGACUGCCGAGCUGCCAAAGGGAGAGGUGGGCCGGGCCUCUCAGCGCCAGAAGCUCGGAGACCAGCUGGCGUCCGGAGUGGAUGGUGCACCUGCCCCUGAGAGAGGCCUCUCGGUAGUCCAGGGGCCGUGGACCGUCAGGGAAGGGGGCUGCCCCAAGCCGGCUAUUGCCCUCACAGAUGGGGCUGUCGAACGGCAGAGGCCAUCCUCUCCUCCCCUCCUUCUGCCGGCCACCUGUGAAACAGAGCCUGGGGAGGGCUUGGGGGUUUCUAGCUUGGCCAAGUAUAGCCGGGAAUCUGGGAGGCCAGGACUGCCGGUCACAUUCAUUGAUGAGGUGGACUCGGAGGAGGAGGAGGUCCCCCCUCAAGAAGCCAAACUGCCCUGCUCAGGUCUAACUCCCCAGCACCACCUCCACCCCACUAGGCCUGGGCACCCUUCAGAAUUCCAGCACCGAGGCAACAACACAUUCACAGUGGUGCCCAAGAGGAAGCCCGGGACCUUUCAAGAACCACAUUUCAGCCAAGCCAAUGGCGAGUCCCAGCCAAGGGAGGCUGAGGCAGAGGAGGCUGCUGGCCUCCUGGGAUCCCAUGCUGCUCUGGAGAGCACCCUGAAGAAGCGCUAUCCUACAGUGCAUGAGAUCGAGGUGAUUGGUGGCUACCUGGCCCUGCAGAAGUCUUGUCUCACCAAGGCUGGCUCCUCAAGAAAGAAGAUGAAGAUCUCCUUCAAUGACAAGAGCCUGCACACAACAUUUGAGUACCCUUCCGAGAGCUCCCUGGUGCAAGAGGAAGAGGCAGAGGAAGAGGAGGAGGAAGCAGAGGAGGAGGAGGAAGAAGAGGAAGGACCUGGCUCAGAGAAGCCCUUUUCUCUCUUCCUGCCCCGAGCCACGUUUGUGAGCAGUGUGGGGCCCGAGAGCCCCCAGCUCCCAGAUGGCAGCUCAGGCCUGUCCUGCUAUACUCCAAAGCACUCCAUGGCCUUCAGCAAGUGGCAGGAGCAGACACUGGUUCAGGUUCCGAGUGAGACAGAGCCUCCACUGAAGGAAGCCAUGCUCACACCGGCCAGUCAGAACGACCUCUCCGACUUCCGCAGCGAGCCAGCCCUCUAUUUCUGAUCUCCGGCACUGCCAGGACUGCCAAGUCUGAGCCUUGGGUGGUGGCCCUGGGAGCCAGACUGUGCCCAGGAGUCCUACCCCCGUUUCGUACCCCCGUGUACCUGGCUGUGCUCCACAUUCCUUCCUGUGUGUCCUCUUGGCCAGGUCUGUCUGACCCAUUUAGGGUCUCCAAGGACAAGUGGGGAGGGCUGAAGUCCAUCCAGUGGCCUAUCUAUCUGUGACCAGGUGAGGGCCUGAGCAGAUCCCGCCCCCGACUGCCCUCUGUCCACUGCCAAGGCCGCCUCGAAGCCUCCUGCCGCCCUGUUCUCAACAGGCCUUUCUGGGGCAAGGAGCUGUCCUGGUUGCCUGUUUCUUGCAGGACUCGAAUCCCCAGGCCCCUUGUCCCUCCUUGAUGGAAUUUAGCCUACCCUUUGUGAUAAAUGGCAGGUUUGUUUCUUGCCUCUGAUGUUGGACCCAAUAAACUGCAUUGGAUAA